AUGGCCGUCUCUUCCCCGCCGAGCAUUCCCGCAACUUCCAGCGGCGCGGGGGUCUCGACCGGCUUGUUCCGGGCGGUGGAGCCGCUUUAUUCCUCCAGCCCCUCCGAGUCCCCGCGGCUGGCCGGCGGUGGCGGCGGUGGCGGCGGCAGCAGCGGCAGCCUCAUCCACGGCUUCCUCUCCUGCAGCGCGGCGCCCGCGGGCGUCGGCGUCGUCGGUGGCGGGGCGUCGGGGGCAGCCGGCGGGGCCCCGUCCUCGCUCCCGGGGGUGGUCGGGGGCACCGAGUGCCAGAUGGUCGACCUGCACGGGGUGAAGGUGGCCUCCUUCGUGGUGGACGGGCAGGAGCUGAUCUGCCUGCCGCAGGUCUUCGACCUCUUCCUCAAGCACCUGGUGGGCGGGCUGCACACCGUCUACACCAAGCUGAAGCGGCUGGACAUCGCGCCCGUCGUCUGCACCGUGGAGCAAGUGCGCAUCCUGCGCGGGCUGGGCGCCAUCCAGCCGGGCGUCAACCGCUGCAAGCUCAUCACCCGCAGGGACUUCGAAACUUUGUACGGCGACUGCACCAACGCCAGUUCACGACCAGGGAGACCCCCCAAGCGCUCUCUGGGGGUUGCGAUACAAGAGAACACGCGUCUGCUUCCCCACGGAGUGCCGGGCCUCUUAUCGCCAGGACUUAUCUCUCCAACAGGCCUUACAGCCAUGGCUGAAGCAAUGAAGUUGCAGAAGAUUAAGCUUAUGGCCAUGAAUAGCCUCCAUGGAAGCGGAAGUCAGAAUGGAACCGAGUCGGAGAACGAAGAACUGAAUUCGAAUGCAGGUGGAAGUGAAUCCUCGUGGGAUAAAGAGAAGCUUCAGUCACCGAUCCCGACAGGAUCUCAUCACGGGAUUAGCCACGCGACACUGUCAGGGCAGGCCAAUUUGGCGAGCGCCCACCCACUUAGUCCUUUGCAACAGAACCAUCUGCUCACAAACAGGAUAGAUCUGCCAUUUAUGAUGAUGCCCCAUCCUCUUCUUCCGGUUGGCCUACCUCCUGCUUCUGUAGCGAUGGCCAUGAAUCAAAUGAACCAUCUCAAUACUAUCGCCAACAUGGCUGCAGCAGCGCAGAUGCAUAGCCCACUGUCAAGAGCUGGAGCGUCAGUAAUAAAGGUAAGACUCUGA